GACUGUUCCUCGUUGUACCUACAUUACUAUCAGCGUUUAGAAACUAUAUAUAUAAGUAAUGUUAAGUGAGACCUCAGUCAACAAACCUCAGUCUUGUUGCAUUAGCGGCAGAACAUUAGUCGUUAAAAAUGUAUCGGUUUGUGCUUUUCUUAAGUUUGUUUUCCUACGCAGCGUCGAAGUCUGAGCUGUCAUGUAGACAUAUUCGCGAAUUCGUGGAUAGACAUAAUUAUUGGAGGUUGAAAUUGGCGAAGGGUGAAAUACCUAAUCAACCGGCGGCAUCGGAAAUGAAGUAUAUUAUUUGGGACGAGGAGUUGGCAGCAAAAGCAGAUGAAUGGGCCUCCAAUAAUCAAUAUACCCAUAACCCGGAUAGAACUGUCGGUUCAUAUCGCUUUACUACCGGUGAAAAUAUAUUCUCGCCAGAAACCACGGAUCAGUCAUACAAAUUUGAACCGAGAAGUGCAGUGGAUUCCUGGUUCAGUGAACACAAAGACUUCAACUAUGGACCUUUGCAAUCUUGGCAAUUUCACCCUUUUGCUAAGAAGAUUGGUCAUUACACACAGGUGGCAUGGUCCGACUCAAUUUAUUUAGGCUGUGGGGUCUCUAAAGCAUAUAGAAAUGGAUGGGUUUCUUACACCGUUGUAUGCAACUAUGGACCGACUGGAAAUAACAUGGGUUGGACCCCCUAUCCCGCCGGAAGGCCGAGUGGCCAGCUCGUAUGUGCCAACGAUUGCAGUAGAUUCUACGGGUACAAGUGUAGCAAUCUAUUUUAAUUUAAUGUAUGCUAUUGGUUUCAAUUAUAUUUAUUCCUAAUUC